UACCCCUCUAAUAAAAUUUGGUGGUGAUGUCAAGCGAAUGAGAAAGAGAGUGUGAGUUCUUCAGGAGUGAAAGUGAGUUCAGUUUUUCUAGGGUUCCUCCUUUCUACAAGUUUUUGGAUCUGAUCUGUUAUGGCGGAUCCCGAUGUGGGAAAAUUGUUCGUCGGUGGAAUUCCACGGGAAACGACCGACGUUAUCCUUAGAGAUCACUUCAGCAAAUACGGCGACGUUUCUUCUUCCGUUGUCGCUAAAGAUCGUCUCACUGGCGAUCCUCGUGGUUUCGGGUUCGUCACCUUUGCUGAUCCUUCUCUCGUCGUCGAAACGCUCCGUGAUCAACACUUUAUUUCUGGUAGAGCGGUAGAAGUGAAAAAGGCUAGACCAAGAUUUGAACACCAAUCAAAUACUCAGCCGCAGUUACUGCCUCAACGACAGCAACAUCAACAGCCAAACCACGGGUACUCGCAUAGUAGUAAAGGAUCUGUUAGGAAUUAUAUUAAUGGUAGUUACGGUGCUAACAACAGUGAUGAUAGUUUGAAAGCUAAGAAGAUUUUUGUAGGGGGAUUGUCAGCUGAUUUAACUGAGGAGGAGUUUAAAAAAUAUUUUGAGAAGUUUGGUAAGAUUACAGACGUAGUUGUGAUGUACGACAAUACCAAUAACAGACCUAGAGGAUUUGGGUUUAUAACAUUUGAGUCUGAAGAAGUAGUUGAGAAACUUAUGCAACAGAGUCAUCACGAGGUUGGCGGGAAGCGUGUGGAGGUUAAGAGGGCUGUUCCAAGGGAGGCAACUAGGAAUUCUUACAAUGGGAAUAACUCUAGAUUUGGUGGGAGUGGGAGUGGGAGUGGGAGUAGUGGGAGUGGGAGUGGGAGAUUCUCGUCUGCUUCUGCUGGUUACUUGGAUGAUAACAACUAUUGGCCGAGAGGUGCUAUAGUUAGUUAUCCGGGUCAAUUUCCUGUUCCAACCGCGUAUCCUGGGUACUACAGUGGUGUCUAUGGUGGGGGGUAUCCGAUGAGUGGGUAUGACAUUGUUGGUUAUGGGAUGCCUAUGCUUACUCCUAGGGCCCCUUGGAACAGUUCUGGGGUAAUGGGUGUUGAACCUUUGGCUUAUGGCACUGGCUUUUAUCCCACUGGAAAUGGUGGAGUUGCUUUGCUGGGAAUGUUUAAUGGUUAUAAUAAUGCUGUAGUAGAUACUGAAGCUACUCGUGUGAAUGUCAAGAAAAAUUCAAGAAUUGCUGAUGGCCAAGGCCAAGCAAAGGUGCCUCCUAUGGGGUUAGUCUAGCUGACCAAAUUCCACCCACAAAUAUCAUAAUGUUGAUUCAUACACCAAAAGCCAAAAGGGGUUGAGGUGUACUUUUGUUACCUCCUUCCUUUCUGUCUAUUUAACUGCCGAUAUCUAUGGAUCGUUUUUAUUCCUUAUUUAAUUUUAUUAACUUUUUAUUUAGUACAUGAUCCGGAUUUUUGUAAUAUAGUAUUGCAGAAAUAUCUCUCAUUUACUGUUUUAUUUAUUACUAAAUUCUGCUUACUGAAAAACAUAUUCCGUAAGUCCGUAGCUCUCUAUACAAUGUGUUAAUUAUAUAUACUCUUUAAUCUUUUUCACA